AUGGCUUCUCAUUCAUGGAUUUUUAUGCUCAUGUUUGCUGCAUCUUUUAUCACAAUGUUCACAGGAGGUGAGUCAGCAUAUGAAGCUGAUAAGAUUGUGAAGUUGCCAGGGCAGCGAGAAGUUGACUUCCAGCAGUAUGCAGGGUAUGUUCUUGUUGAUGAAACCCAGAAGAGGAAACUUUUCUGCUACUUCGUGGAAGCUACAACAAACUCCACUUUCAAGCCUCUUGUUCUCUGGCUCAAUGGGGGACCUGGAUGCUCUUCUAUUGGACUUGGAGCUUUCUCUCAACAUGGCCCUUUCAAGCCAAAUGCAGCAGGGCUUCUCGUAAAAAAUGACUACCGUUGGAAUAAAGAAGCAAACAUGCUAUACUUGGAGUCCCCAGCAGGAGUUGGAUUCUCCUAUUCUGCCAAUACUUCUUUCUAUGAAUUAGUAAAUGACACCAUUACAGGACACUAUGUCCCACAACUAGCACAGCUGAUUGUUGAGUCGGGAUCAAAUCUCAACUUGAAAGGCAUAGCUAUAGGAAAUCCAUUGUUGGAGUUCGACACAGAUUUCAACGGGGAAGGAGAGUACUACUGGUCUCACGGCUUGAUAUCGGACCAAACUUAUCAACUCAUCAACACAGUCUGCAACAUUUCCCAGCUCAGGAGAGAGGCCAUGUCACACACUCUCUCAGAGCAGUGUAAAAUGGUUGCUACUCAACUUGCUGGAGAAAUUCCAAAAAGGAACUUUGAUGCGUAUGAUGUCACUUCUGAUGUUUGUAUUUCACAAUUCGGCAUCAAGAAACAGUCUUUGGCUGCCAGUUUCCAUCCAAUCACAUCCCUCAAAUCCAGCCAAGGCGCUCUCAGAAAGCUGGAAGCUGGAGAGUCGAUAGACCUUUGUGUACGAGCUGAGAAGUACACUUAUUUGAACAGGAAAGAUGUCCAACAAGCUAUGCAUGCUGAGCUUGAGGGGAUCCCCAGCUGGAACUCCUGCAGCACGGUUAUGAAAUAUGACAGCAACAAUUUGGAGAUCUCGACAGUUGGGAUCUUGGGCUCGUUGGUGGGAUCGGGGAUUCGAGUACUAGUGUACAGCGGGGAUCAAGAUUCAGUUAUUCCAUUCUUCGGGACGAGGAAACUGGUGAAUCGUUUGGCAACAGGGAUGGGGUUGAACACUACCGUGCCAUACAAGGCAUGGUUUGAUUUUGACAAACAGGUGGGUGGAUGGACACAAGUCUAUGGGGAGAACAAUAAGCUGUCAUUUGCAACCAUUAGAGGAGCCUCUCACAUGGCUCCUUUCUCCUCUCUCGCAUUAUUUGCAGCAUUUGUUGAUGGGAAACCAUUGGCAGCUUGA